UCCGUGUAGUACAAUGCUUUACGGCGCGUACAGCGGGCUCAGAUACUCAAUUUCAAGAUGGCGGCGUCCGUAAAGCGAAAGGCUGACAGCGUUAUUCCGCCAGAAGAGAGCGAUUUGCUGCGCAUUACACCUUUAGGUUCAGGUCAAGAAGUUGGAAGGUCAUGUCACAUCUUGGAAUUCAAGGGAAAGAAAGUUAUGCUGGAUUGUGGCAUCCACCCUGGUAUGACUGGAGUCGAAUCUCUACCCUUUCUGGACGAGAUUGAUACUGCAGAGAUUGACCUUCUUCUUGUCAGUCAUUUUCAUCUUGAUCACUGUGGGUCCUUACCAUGGCUUCUCGAAAAGACAACCUUCAAAGGCAGAGUAUUCAUGACACAUGCAACAAAAGCCAUCUACCGAUGGUUAUUAUCAGAUUAUGUCAAAGUCAGCAAUAUUGCUGCAGAAGACAUGUUAUUCACUGAAUCUGAUUUGGAAAAGAGCAUGGAUAAGAUUGAAACUCUGCAUUUUCACCAGGAGAAAGAGGUUGGAGGUAUCAAGUUUUGGUGUUACCAUGCCGGCCAUGUGCUGGGAGCAUGCAUGUUCAUGCUGGAGAUUGCAGGUGUUAAGAUAUUAUACACAGGGGAUUUCUCAAGACAGGAAGAUAGGCAUUUAAUGGCUGCUGAGAUUCCAUCAAUCUCCCCUGACGUCCUCAUUAUUGAAUCGACAUAUGGUACUCACAUCCAUGAAAAACGUGAAGAACGAGAAGCAAGAUUCACAGGCACUGUCCAUGAUAUUGUGAACAGAGGGGGUCGCUGUCUUAUACCUGUCUUUGCCUUGGGUCGCGCUCAGGAAUUACUUCUUAUCUUAGAUGAAUACUGGCAGAAUCACCCAGAACUCCAUGACAUCCCAAUAUACUAUGCAUCACAGCUUGCCAAGAAAUGCAUGUCAGUCUUCCAGACUUAUGUGAAUGCCAUGAAUGACAAGAUCAAAAAACAGAUUGCCAUAUCAAACCCAUUUGUAUUCAAGCACAUCUCAAACCUAAAGAGCAUAGAUCAAUUUGAUGACAUUGGCCCCUCUGUGGUCAUGGCUAGUCCAGGAAUGAUGCAGAGUGGUUUGUCACGAGAGCUGUUUGAGCAGUGGUGCACCGACCGCCGCAACGGUGUGAUUAUUGCUGGUUACUGUGUAGAGGGGACGCUGGCAAAGAACCUUAUGUCUGAACCUGAAGAAGUGCAGACAAUGUCUGGACAGAAGAUUCCUCGCAAGUGUUCAGUAGAUUACAUAUCAUUUUCUGCCCACACUGAUUUCGAACAGACGAGCGAGUUCAUACGAAUCCUGAAACCUCCUCAUAUUGUUCUCGUUCAUGGGGAACAGAAUGAGAUGGGCCGCCUCAAAGCUGCCCUAAUACGUGAAUAUGAGGACAAAUCGGAGGUCAGUCUUGUCGUUCAUAAUCCUCCCAACUGCCAGAGCGUCGAGCUCUACUUCCGAGGAGAGAAAAUGGCCAAGGUGAUGGGUCAGAUGGCUCGUGAGAAGCCAGAGCAUGGCAAGCCUUUGUCAGGGAUACUCAUCAAGCGAGGCUUCAACUACCACCUCAUUGCACCUGACGACUUACAGAACUAUACUGAGCUGGCUACUAGCGUGCUCACGCAGAAACAGUCGGUCGCUUUCCAUGGUGCAUUCUCUGUACUGAAGCAGUGUCUGGAGAACCUUGCUGGUCGACUUGACGAGGUCACUAUACAAGGCAAGAGCGCGGUGCGAGUGUUUGGUGCGAUCACGGUCAUGCAUGAAAAGAGUAGCGUCCUUAUUGAGUGGGUGGCGAAUUCUGUGAACGACAUGUAUGCCGACGCAGUUCUAGCUGUUGUGCUACAAGUGGAGUCUAACCCAACAGCUGCGCAAGCUGCUGCAAACUUGAAGAAGAUCGAUGUCCACACAUUCACUGACAAACUCAUGGCACUGCUGCAAGCAACUUACGGAUCAAAGCAAGUGUCUUUAUCUGCCCUUGGAGAUGAGAUAACUGUUGAGUACGACGGGAACAAGGCCCUCAUUAAUCUGGACACCCUGGACGUCGAGUGUGAAGACGAGAGCCUGGAUCAUCACGUGAGCUGCGCAGUAAAGCGCCUUCACUCCGCCUUCACGCCCAUCUUCAGCUGAGCCCGCACUCAGACCAUUGUUGCUUGGCGGUUUUCGCUGGCGUUCUGUUUCGGGCCGUGCGAUGGUACCCGCGGACGGUGGCUUUCCUGUGACUCAACGAUCGUUUCUACUGCCACACAUUGAGCUGAAAGACCGCAGCUUCGUCCCCGGGUACUCUCGGUUGAAUAAUCCAAAUUCAAGAUGGCGGAAAGAUUGACCGCCAUUUUGAAUUUGGCGACGGAGAGACCCCGGGGACGAGAUUGUUCAUCCAUGCGGCUGCAAAGAGCGCUGAGAUUCCUAGCAUAAACUUUAGUUAGUGUUGUCUUACUACAUCAUUAGUUGGCCCGAGAAUAUAGAGCCUUUAGCGUUAAAGGCUUGAAAUAACUUGUAAAUGUGUAUGUAAAGAUUUCUUAUUAAAACGCAAUGGUUGUA